AUGCCCAACAUCGUGCUUUUCAGCGGGAGCUCGCACCACGACCUGUCCCAGAAGGUGGCCGAUCGCCUCGGACUGGACCUGGGCAAAGUCAUCACCAAGAAGUUCAGCAAUCAGGAAACAUGCGUGGAGAUCGGCGAGAGUGUCCGCGGGGAGGACGUGUACAUCGUGCAGAGCGGCUGUGGAGAGAUCAACGAUAACCUGAUGGAACUGCUCAUCAUGAUCAACGCCUGCAAGAUCGCCUCGUCGUCCCGGGUCACCGCCGUCAUCCCCUGCUUCCCCUAUGCUCGCCAGGAUAAGAAGGACAAGAGCCGAGCCCCCAUCUCUGCCAAACUAGUGGCUAACAUGUUAUCUGUGGCCGGGGCAGACCACAUCAUCACCAUGGACCUCCACGCUUCACAGAUACAGGGUUUCUUUGACAUAGCAGUAGACAACUUGUAUGCUGAACCAGCUGUUCUACAGUGGAUAAAGGAGAACAUUCCAGAAUGGAAAAAUUGCAUAAUUGUGUCCCCAGACGCUGGGGGAGCCAAGCGUGUAACUUCCAUCGCAGACCGCCUUAACGUGGACUUUGCCCUCAUCCACAAAGAGAGGAAAAAGGCCAAUGAAGUGGACCGCAUGGUGCUGGUGGGAGAUGUCAAGGACCGAGUGGCCAUUCUGGUGGACGACAUGGCCGACACCUGCGGCACCAUCUGCCACGCCGCUGACAAGCUGAUCGACGCUGGUGCGGUCAAAGUCUACGCCAUCCUCACACACGGAAUCUUCUCAGGUCCUGCCAUUUCUCGCAUCAACCAAGCCCCGUUUGAGGCUGUGGUCGUGACCAACACAAUACCACAAGAGGAGAAGAUGAAGUCAUGCCCCAAAAUUCAGGUGAUCGACAUCUCCAUGAUCCUAGCAGAGGCCAUCAGGAGAACCCACAACGGCGAGUCCGUGUCCUACCUCUUCAGUCAUACAACACUCCGUCUAAACAAAACAAUGGCAGACAAGCCCGAUAUCUCUGAGGUGAGCAGCUUCGACAAGUCCAAGUUGAAGAAGACAGAGACGCAAGAGAAAAACCCCCUGCCUACAAAAGAAGUCAUCGAACAGGAGAAGGCUGCUGGGUCAUCAUGA